UACACCUGAGACAAACUUGAGAAAGCGAAACCAUCAAUCAUGAAGAUGGAUAGGAUCAGUUUGUUACCGAACUCUAUCCUUUGUGACAUUCUCUCAUACCUCCCAACAAAAGAAGCUAUAUCCACCGGCAUCAUCUCUCGCAGGUGGCGCCAUGUUUGGAAGGAUCUCCAAGUCCUUGACAUAGAGGAUAUACCCUUUUGGUCCCCUCGGGGAUAUCUGUUUGAUCCAUAUGUGACUGCUAUUCUAUCUCAGCGCAGUGCAGAUUACCCUAUUAAAAAGUUUCGCCUCACUCCCUCUAGAAGUUCAGAGGAUCUCAUCUUAACAUGGCUUGAUGCCGUCAUUGGUCCCCAUCUUCAGGAACUCUAUCUCCGCAUUGGUUUAAUGAGAGCAAUCAAGUUGCCUGAAUCCAUAUUCACUUGUGUAUUACUCAAGUCCCUUGUUUUGAGACAUGGUAUAUAUUUGGAUAAUUAUCCAGAGUUUCCAAAUGUUUAUCUGCCAUCCCUCAAGAACCUACACUUGGAUCCCGUCGACGUAGACCCCAGCAAGCUUUUAUCCGGCUGCCCUGUUCUUGAAAAUCUUAAGCUCAUUCUACAGAAGACGACCCGAGAAGGUUCUUAUGUUUAUGCACCUACAAUCCAGAUGCCUCGCACAUUGAAAAGUUUAACCUUUGAAGAUUACACUAGCUUGAUGGAAGAGAUUAACGUUCGGGAAAUAUACACUCCAUUUCUUGAAUACCUGCGUGUGAGAACAGUGGCCUCCCCGAAGCUACAGGUAUCAGUUAUCAAUUUUCCCAACAUGGUGGAGGCACAUCUUGAUUUUUAUCAUGAACGUGUUGAGCAUGGGGCUUGGGUGCCCAAGCUUUUCCAGGCACUCCGCGAAACAAAAUUGUUGACAUUGGAAUAUGAAACAACACAGUGCUUAUUUAGUGCUCCGGCUUUCGAGUUUCCAGAAUUUCACCGUUUGCUCAAGCUAGAGGUUGAUCUUCCAUGUUUCAACACAAACUUCUUGCUAAACUUCCUUCAUAAUUGUCAUGUACUUGAAGCUCUCGUAAUUCAUAUUUUGAGGGGACAUUAUUCUCACCCGGAGGAGGAGUAUAAUGGGCCAACACCACCAACCAUGGUUCCGAAUUGUGUGACGUCACAUCUCAAGAGUUUUGAGUUUAGAGAAUAUCAAGACACUGCAGAUGAGCAUGAGUUUAUUGCAUAUCUUUUACAAAGAGGACUUGUUUUGAAGAACUUGACCAUUCAUCUUGAAUCUAAUUUGGACCAAGAGACAAAGUACAAUAUUGUCAAGGGAUUAUCUGCUAUACCGAGGGUCUCUACAAUAUGUCAGCUAACUUUCAAUGAUAAAAAUCCCAUUUAACAUGGAUGAUCGCAUCUCUACUCUCUAGGAAACCUGCCAAACGUUUGCUUGUUUUAUGGUUAUGUUCACAAAACAUGUGGGCUGCUAUUUAACCGUGUUGCUAGAUUAAACCACUCUAUAGUAUAUUUUGUGUAUGAAUUUCUGUUUUUAAAGGAAGUUGGUAAGUUAAGACCAAGUUAUCCACAGCAUAUUGUUUUACUCUUUUGACGUUAUCUAUGGUUCUAUAUUUCUCUAUUUUUAAGUUUGAUUAUUUUGUUGUGAUGCGCAAAAGUAUGCAUGGUUAAUUAGGACUAGAUGCCAUGAUUUUGUAGAAAGUGAUCUUUCCGGCAAUGAAUUGAUGAAUUAUAUGGCACAAACAUAGCAACUUUGCUUAGGCAAUGCUUUGUUACCAAGUUCAUAGUGUUAUACCCUCACUAAUUCCAUGCAUGUUCAUCCUAUCAAA